GCAGGCGGGCGGGCCGCGGGCCCGGACCUUCCUGUGCGGCCAGGCUGGGCCUGGCCAGCCUCGGGCUCCGCGCACGCUCGGUGUUGACCAGCUUCAGCGGCUACAGGUGCUGGGUCCUCCAGGAGCCGAGCUACCUGCGCCGCGAGGGGGAGAUGUACAAGCUCGCGAUGGGACCUGACGGGAAGCUCCACGACUACGACUGGGAGAAGUACGCCGAGAUGAAAAAAGCCGCCGAGGACGCCGGCGCCGAGAGCGGAGCCGCGGCUGGCCCGGCCGAGGGCGCCGCCGCAGGCUGCAUGGUGUGCGAGAAGGGCUGGCCGCUCGGGGAAGCUGUGGAGGCCAGCCCCUCCGCGGUGGCGGCGGCCGAGCGGCUGACGCGGAUGACCCAGGACUCGUGGUUCGGUGCCUUCGCGGAGCUCCAGGCGCACCUGGGGGAGCCGGACCUGGCGUCCGUUGUCGGGCAGAUCGCCUCCGGGCCCAUCGUGCGCGAGGGUGCCGCGUGGGGCUCCAGCUGGUCCGCCUGGCGCUCGGGCCCGGAGGGCGCGGCGCCGCAGGCGCCGCCGGCGGCGCAGGGCUCGGGCGCUGGCUCGCGCGCCGCCGCCGCGGAGGGGCACGCCUCGGCCUGGUCGCGCGACGCCACCGGCGGCUGGUGGACCGAGGGCCCCACGAACGACCGCUUCGUGGCCACCUGCGCCGUGCUCCCCGCGCCCAGCGCCGCGCUCUGCGCCGGCGACCGCCUCCUCUUCGCCGCCGCGGGCGAAGGCGUGCACGCCGCGGCCGAGAGCCCCUCGGGCCAGGACUGCCCGCCGCCGUGCACGCUCCGUGGCGCGGCCGGGGCGGCCGCGUGGGCGGGGGCGCUGCCGCGUGACGCGGUGGUGCUGCUGGCGGCGGUGGACUGCGGCGGCGGGCUGUGCGGGCCCGCGCUGGAGGCGCUGAGCGCGGCGGAGCUCGGCUGCCCGGCGACGGCGCCGGGCGCGGCGGGUUGCCGCGUGGCAGCGGCCGUCGGACGGCGAGGGGCGGGCAGGUGGUACGCGACGCACGCGGCCGCCACGGUGGCCGUGGCCACGCUGCCCGCCCCCCGCGGCGCCGGGGCCGCGGGCGGCGCGGGGUGA